UUUUGGUAACAAAGUAGAGGAAAAACAAGAAGAAGAAAGUGGCUCAAUAACAUUACGGAAGCAAUGGCUAAUGGCAAGGAUCCUCUGAGUCAGCUGAAGGAUCAACUGGAGGACAUUCAGAGACGAGUGGAGGAUGAGAUACAUAGUGGGGUUCCUCCAGGAGGCAGUCUCCUUGCCUCUCCUUUCCUGAAGGGUUUUCUGGCCGGGUACGUUGUUGCUAAGCUACGCUCCUCAGCUUUGCUGGGUGUUGCCGUAGGAACAUGUACAGGGAUCUAUGCAGCACAGAAUUAUGCUGUUCCUAACAUUGAAACCACCAUCAGAGACUACAUAAGUAACCUGAAAGCAGGACGCAAAUGAGAAGAGAGGAAGAAUGAAAAAGGGGGGGAGAAAGAGAGACAGCUACAAGAAGAGGGUGUUAUUGCAGCCACAUAUGGGAACAGACAUGCAUUUCAAAACAUGUCAGGAAGAAAUAAAUGCAUCUUCCACACUAUGAUUAAAUCGUGUCACACAAACUUAUAGAAAGGUCAA